GUCAAAUCUUCUCGUCUCGUUGGUCGGUCGGACAACCUUCGUGCUCCCAUCGGAAGACCAUGUCUCUGAUCGGCUCGACGACAUCCCUCAAAUCAACCUCUCUCGCUCUCCUUCCUUCUUCCACUUCGUCGUCCCCUUCCUCUCGCGCCUCCUCUCUUCCUGCCACUACUCCUCCUUCGUCAUCGCUAUCAUUGUUGAAUGCGGAACCCAGUCAUUGUCAUCUGAAUUACGUCCGAGCACUUGGUGCCAGGAUGAUCUCGCCUGCCAAGAGAAGGGUUGUGAUGCUAAUCAAGCCAACGGACGUUGGAGAGACUGCUCAGGAUGAUGGAGAGUAUUGCUUGGACACUGAUUUGGAUUCUCUCCCGUUUGACACAUGUUGGUUGGAGGCCAAGCUUCAGCUGAAGCUUGACCAGAAAAUGAGGAUGAAAGUGCCGAAGAGGAUAAGGCUCCGGAGGAAAAAGCUUGUCCGCAAGAGGAGAAUGAGGAAGAGAGGUCGGUGGCCGCCCUCGAAGAUGAAGUAGUUGACUGAUUUUUUGAACUCCAUUUUGGUUUCUGCGCCUUCUAUGCCAAAUUCGGGAGCAAUGCUUUUAUCGACAUUCAUGUCUUGUUCAUAGAGUACUUACAAUCGAAGCCUGAUUAGUAUAGGUAAAAUCUGUCCAUUCUUUUCUUGCU